CUAAUGCUUCAGAUACCCUUCCAGAGAUUUCAGCAGAAAACCCUUCAAAUAUAGAUCCUUUAACGAUAGAAGAUGAUCCAAUGGACCUUUGUAUAAAUAUUCCUAACUUAUAUCAUUUGCUCGAUUUGCGUAAAGAUAUGGGGUCUAAUGGAUUUGCGGUUGACAAGAUUAUUAUUGCUCAAAAUUCUUUAAAGAAAUUCUGUAACUAUAUGGUGCCAAACAGCUUUAAAUCAAUUUCUGAAAUUGAUUAUGCAUCUUUAAAUUCUAAAUUACUUAACCUUACUGGGAUCUAUGGAACUCGUGAAAGUAUCGCAAAAUAUUUGUUCCAAAAAAAUUUGAUUGAUGAACAAAUCCAUUCACAAUUAAUAAUCAGAGAUGAAAAUAAUACAAAAAAUAGACCAUCUCUUAAGACUGGCAUCUAUUUAUUGAUAAAAGAUAAUAAUGGAUUGGUUAUUCAUUGGCCUGAAGAGGAUUGUUACAAUGUUCAAGUUUCCAAUAAAAAAAAGAACAACUCAGUAACCCUUCAUAGAUAUUUUACAAAACUGACAGAUGUUCAUUUCUGUUUAUUGAGCAAAGAGGAACUUAUGACUUUUGAUUUUAAUCUUCGAAAGAAAUCUCUUAAUAAAGAUAAAGAAGAAGAAGACGACGGCGAUGAUGAUGAUAUCGAUAGUGAAUAUGCUGUCAACGAAAUCCAACAAGAUAAAACAGAUUUUAAUAUUUUUAAAGGAUUUGAACUUAAUUUGCCAGAAUCUAUAAACACCAAUUUGACUCUGCCUUCAAGUUUUCCUUCCACUAUUUCAAUAGAAUCUUGUCACCAUCAAUCAUUCCUUACCUGUCACAUAAAUGAACCUUCAGAAAUAUCUAAAUCCUAUGAACAUCCAAUUAAAUCUUCUGAAUUACAACCUUUUAUUUCGAACUAUUUGUACGAUAACGACAGUUCCAUUCAAAUCAGCCAAUCAAUCGAGUUUAAUAGUUUGAUCAGCUUAGCUAAAAUUCUUCAGAUUGAAAAAGAGCUUUUAGAUUCGUUUGAAAAAGAAAAGCGAAAAGCCAUUGACGAUCAUGAAGAAGCUAAGAAAACAAUUAUUGCCAUAGAAACUAAUUCGCUCAAAAAAAUGGUUGAAGAUAGAUUACUAAACAUUUAUGGGCAA